AAGUACAACAAAAUUUAAUCUUCUGUAGUUUUCGAUCGAAAUAUGUAGAGAAAAAGAGUCAGAAGCGAAUAAAUUAAAAACAUUUGGCGAGUUUUUUCGGAAACUGAUGUAAAUGUAUUUAAUUGAAACAACUGCACGAAUGAUUGUAUGGUGAUUUACAACAUAAUUGAAGUAAAAAUGAAUAUAUGAUAACAUCUAAUUGAUUAUCAUCAUGAUAUUUGAAAACAAAAUUCAACUCCACUGUACUUAUGUAAAGAGAAAAACAAAGUAAAUACCUAUAUUAUCAUAGUUGCCAAUCUAUAUUAUACAUAUAAUAUAUUAAACUCAAAAUAAGUAAAAAAUAAAAAGAUAAGUUAUUACAACUGAAAAAAUUAGUUUAUCUAGAUAAAUAGAAAAUGCUGUAACAUGUUGAUAUAAACAUUGAGAGAAGAAUUUCUAUUAAAUAAAUAAUUGAACAACUGACAUAAAUGCAAUUAAAGACAGGGCAAAAUCAUUAAAUCUGUUAACUGAACAAUGUAGACAUUAUAACAGUAUUCUUUUCAAAUCAAGAAGCCCAUUGUGGGAGUAUUGUUGCGAGAUAAUGAACAUCUCGAGUGUGCUUUCGAGAAUUUCGAGACGAACAGAGACGAUUUAACAACGCUGCUAAAACGGCUGGCAUAAGAACUGAAAAUCUAACCUCAAAUCAAUAACAGUUUCGCAGACGCUGGCCUUAAAAUUACAGUAUAAAUUCUGUGUCCAUGUAAAAUUUCGAUAAUAACAAGUCGAUUUCACAUUUUAGUUCACGUUUCACUUUAAUCUGAUUUGUGCUAACUAAAAACGAAUUGCACCCUGUAGUUCAAACGCGCGUUUAUGGAAACAUUAUAAAUCUGACAGCUUUGCUUUCCCUCACAGGUUUAUAACAAUUCGGUUUUUCAAAGAAUGGACUGGCUGUUGCGCAAUCUUUGUGACAUGAUCACUGAUCAGUGAUUAUGAUGCAUCAGAAUGCAGUGUUUUACUCUGUUCACACUGAUCCUCAUUUGGACAGUGAACAAAUUACAAUGUUCAGAUCGUGUGAACAAUUCCACCGGCCACCUAGCCAAAUUGAUUGUCACACCCAAGCCAGCAGAAGGUGUAGGAAUCAAGCCAGUUGUUUUAGGAAAAGAAGCAGAACCAUUGAAUUUGACUUGCCAAAUUGUUUACCAAAAAACAGAACGGAAUGAUAUCCCAUUAUCACGUGAAGUAACUCUGCCUGUUUAUGUCGUUGAUUGGAAAGUUUUGCAUCCAAAUGAUAAUCGAUUAGUUAUCAAUGGAAACCCAGUCUACACUGGAAGUAGGAUCGAACGUGGCCAGCAUGAAAAUAGUGCUUGGCUCUGGUUUGAACGACUUGCCGAAACGGAUGCGGGUGACUACAGCUGUCUAGCUAUCUCACUAAAUGCAAGUAGACAACGCAGCGUGUCAACAGAUAUUCAUUUGACUGUUAAAAAUAAAGUUGGAACAUGUGGGCCAAACUGGUUCAGAUGUCCUUCGACCCGCUGUAUCAGGCUUCGUUACUUAUGCGAUGGCAUGGCGGAUUGUGAGCAUGGAGAGGAUGAAAGUUCUAUUGCUGGAUGUGGCCCAGAUCCAUGUUUUGGAAAAAUAUACUGUGGUGAACGAUGCAUGCCCCGUUCAUUGUGCUGUGAUCUCGGAAACUGCAACACAAGUUUACCAGUUGUUCGACUUGAGCCACCUGGAAGUAUUUCUACGGAACAGCAACGUCUUAAUGAUAUGGGUUUUCUCCAGACUACUAUUUAUACAGUUAUAGGCUGUGCUAUGGCAUUCAUGUUCAUUGUGACCAUUUUGGUGAUAAUGAUAUGUAGGGUCCACAUGAAACGGGCUAUGAAUUCAAGGUGCUCACAGCAAGUGAGGAAUCCGGGCCCACGGCCACGACACAGCGUUCCACUUUAUGAUCUUGAUUUGUACUUAAAUAGAGCUGCAGAUAUCAACAGUCAAAGGGGGGUAACGGUGACGUACAACAUUAAUAAUGGAGUUCAAUUUGUUGGGCGGCCUGUGGAACCUCCACCAUAUUCAGAAAUUGCUCCGCUACCUCCGAGGGAAGGACCACCGCCUCCCUAUGUCUCACGUGAAAAUUUAUUAGAUUCCGCGGCCACAUCAAAUUCGAAUCAAGACACAGCAUUACCUCGGACCAAUCUCAAUUUAACUUCGCCGUGCGUCAAUACUGCAAGUAUGGUAACUAGAAUUAUACCCAGUUGCCAAAAUAACUCGAACUCGGCUAGAGUUCAGUGUUUUUCGAGCGGUCAAAUUCCGACAUACGAAGCCACGCCAGGUUUUAACCACUUUGUGAUGAGUCGUAACUGCGAUGAUGCCUCAAACACGACAUUAAAUACUUCCGAUAGUACGGUUCUCAAUACCAGCAGCAAUUCAGACUCAAGUAGUAAUAACUCUGUCAGCAAUUUUGUGAUAUGUAGGAAUAUAACGUCGCACUCCCAAAACUUUGAACCAGAGUAUUCAGAGACAGAUUCACUUUUGAUCGAAAAUCAACUAGAAGCUCAAGCUCAUAGCGAGGAUCGUGUUGCAAGAAUUCCUGAAAAUCCUAGCUCUCUGAUUCAUAGUCUGAAAAGGAUCGAGGUUCCAGAUACGGUUGAAGUUUUGAAAAAUUCCAGUAGCAUUGAUAUUUCUCUACCAAAAUCCGAACGACUAGAUCGUCCAAAUAUUGCUGAGAUGGCGCUUAAUCCUGUAGCUAAUUUUGACCUAGAAAUGAGCAAAUGUUUCCUCAUGCAUCAAACUCCCCACGACACCAAAAAUCUAAUGACCUCGGAAACAGAACCCUCUUUACUGGACGUAGAUUAUCAAAUUGGGAUGUCACCUGAAUCGAAGUGUUCUCGAAAUAUAAAAAAAAAUAAGAAUGGCGAUUCUAUCAAUUUCAUAGGCAAUCGAAACAUUGAAUCUACCUUACAAAGACUCAGUUGUAAGACGGUUUUGGACUUGAGUGCGAUGGGUGAAUCUUCAAAAAGCAGCUUGUCUAUUGGCAACUAUUCUGCAGCUACCGGAUCUUUGCCUCUUCAUUUGAAUGGUAACCCAUCAGACAGUUUCACAAGAUCUGAUGCUCAUUUAGAUGAGCAAAGUUCUAGUCUGAUAACAAUUAACCCAGAUUCAGUUGAAUCCGAGUUACUACGUGAUUGCGUGCAAACUAACGAUCCAGUUACAACGAUUGUUGAUGCUACUUUGUACGCAAAAACAUCCUCUGGUAAAAAAAACCCGAUUGAUAAUUCGAGAAAAGCUUCAUCAAGUUCUGAAAAUCUCACUAAAGAUUUGAAGAGUUUUAAUGAUCAAAAUCCGGAACGUUUUCCUGCUUAUGUAAAUGUGAAAAAUGAACAAAUGGUGAGGGUGCCUUCGGUAAGUGAUGAACAUAAUUCGGUAGGUUACAAUGAGUUAUCACAGGCCACUGUGACCGGUAAUAAUGCUUCAGGAAACAGCACAAAGACUAUUGAUUCUGAUAAUAUGCCAGUGAGAGAAGCACAACCGCUGGUUAUGCCUUUGCGAGAGUCUUUUAUUGGUGUACGAAGAAGAGAAUGAAAUAUUUUAAUAUUAUUAUAUACGAGCAGGUGACUUUAAAAAAGUUACUUGAAGGUGCAAAUCUUCAGUGCAUAGCACGUUUGAAUUUAAGAAAGUGUUCUUAUCGACAAUGCCUCAUAUCUUCCUCUUCCGCGGAACCAUUACUUCUUUCAUUGUUAUUGUCUCGUUCAAACGAAAAAUAUAAAAUCCAUAGCCAAUUUGCACUUUAGGUCGCAUUUCCAUGUUCAGAAAUCUAAUUCUCUUCGAGAAUAUGAAGUUAGCUAAAUUAUGCCUAACGUACAGCUCAAAAAAUCGAAAGUAGAAAUGAAAAAUUCAAAGCUAGUCUUCCUAGUUGGAAUUUACAAAUUUUCAUUUUAAUCCUUAUGGUAUUCCGUUUUUGUAUUAUUCUCACUCUUUUAAUUCUACUACAUUAACUUACAGUUAUGAUAUGCUGUAAAGCAGUUGCGGAAAUUCUAAUGUUAUAAUUUUCGAUUUCUGCUACCGAUGAAACGGGCUGAAACUAUCUUGGUUUUAGGGUAAUUUCAUCGAACUACGCGAAAGUGGGUAAUUUUCAUUUUAUUCUGUUGUAAUUAGAGGGAAUAGACUUUUGAUAAACCAUUGGUGAAUAGCAGUGCAUAAAUCAAUUUACCUAAUCUCUAAUCAUAUGGUAGACAAUAAAAGUUAAAUAUCUAUAAUAUAUAUAGUAUAAUGAAUAGUUGAAUGUAAAUAUUUUUCGCAUCGUAUUAAGAAGCAAACUAGACCAUAUUUUUUAAUUGCGCUGGAGUUUUUUGUUCGUAAUAUCAUAGAUUUAUAUCAAAAGAAGGAACCGAAAAAACUUGAACAGAGCGUCCAGCAUGAUAUUAUCGGUAACAUAUCGAAUCUACUAUUAUAAAAACGACAUCGGUCUUACUUUCACUUUAUGGGGUGAAAUUUUCCUUCUACCUAUUGAACAAAUAAGUUCAGCAUAAUUAUUUGCCUUUUAUGUAUAUUUAUGUACAUAGAUCAGGAUGUCAUUUUUUUACAAUUAGAAUAUUUUUAUAAGAUCGUUACUGCGCUGCAUUUUAUUCGCGCACAAACUUUCAGAGGCUCAAUUGGAAUACUACUCGGAGUGAACACAUGAAUACAUACUGAAUUAUGUACAGAUUGUCUAUUCGAGUUGAUCAAAUUCCUCUUUCGAUAGCGAAAUGAAUUUUCGUCAACGGUCUUACUUCUUUUUUUUUUAGCAUACAUAUAUGGUAUAAAAUUGUUGAAUGAAUUAUUCUCAUAUGAUAUACCUAUACUUUCCGCCUUCCCUAUACAAUACGUCCCCCCUCAUAAUAUUGUUUCAAUUACCACAAUAUUAUUGAAAAUAUAUUAUCAUUUGCAAUCACUGUUA